AUGGCGCCGACGGAACGGACGUACCCACAAUGCAUUUUCGAGAGCGCCCCGUGCGAACUCAAUGAGAUCCGUCGACGGCCGUCCCAGGACCUGCUGAUCCUCUACGAGCCCGAGGCCGCGCAGUGGGCCUCCUACCUCCACUCCGUCUUCACCGACCAGCUGCCCCACGACGCCAUCCGCCUCUUCGACAUCGCCACGGUGACCGCCGGCCAGCUCCACGACCCCCUGGCGCUGGCCCGGUACCGCUGCAAGCUGCUGGUCCUGACCCCCGCCCUGGUGGAGCAGGUGCAGCAGGACGGCGGCUGCGGCGGCGGGGGGCGCCCGUGCCGCGUGCGGCGCUUCUUCCUGUGCCGCGUCCUGACGCCGGCGGCCAGCGUGGUGGUGCUGCUGUGCGGGCUGGAGGGCCUGGCCCCCCUGCUGGGCCUGGUGCCCCUGCAGGCCGACCGCUGCCUGGUGGUGUCCACGGAGCAGGGGCCCGAGGAGUACCUGGACGCCGUCGUCAGGGUGGUGUGGGGGGAGGCGGGGAGGAGGGGCUCGCGGGGGCCCGCCCCCGACGGACAGGCGGGGGCGGGGACCAAUGACGCGCCGAGCGAAAGCACCAGCAUGCAAACGGUAGCAGGACAUUUGGGCGUUAUCCCUGAGCCCUUCUCUGACGUGACUCAUGCGUCACUGGCACUUCUCUCUGAGGACAAGACUUGCACAACCCGAGGAAUUGACACAUUUCUAUCACGCCGUUUUUCUGCAGUUGUAACCACGCCCCCCAGGCCCGAGACCGGGGUUACAGGUUCCCCGCGGGACCCCGGACCCCCGCACGGCCUUCGGGUGGUCCCGCUCAGAGUUCCCUGUGGGGGCUCCGGGGAGAUGUUUGUUCUGCUCAGAGAUAAGGCGGCGGCGGCGGCGGCGGACGGCGGCGACGUGGAGCUGGAGUUCACCCACCGCCACGGCCACAGCGUGAGAGUGAGGCCCGAGCGCUGGAACCAACACGUGCUGCUGGUCCAGCCCCCUCCAGACUUUCCCAGUGGGAGGGUGGCCGUGACACUGUACUGCGGUGCGUGCGCCGUGGACACCGCCCACGUCACGUACUACACCCCGCUGGACGACAUCGGCCAGCUGCUGACCCAGGCCGCCGACCCCGUGGACUUCAUGUGUCAGGCCCUGCGGGUGUCCUCCCUGGAGGAGCUGGAUCAGAAGCUGUCCUCUCUCGUGAUGGAGGGGCUCCCCUCCGGGGGGCUACAGGAGCUGGGCCUGCUGUGCGAUGACACGCCCCUGGAAGGUGGCCCCCGGCCCGGGGUCCUCCCCACACUGCUCCACUUCGCGGCGCAGUACGGGCUGAGGGCCCUGUGUGGUCUGCUGCUGCAGGUCCCAGGGGCCCCGCAGGCCCUCGCCACCGCCAACCGCCACCGCCUGACCCCCGGGGCCCUCGCACGGAGCCACGGCCACGCGGAGCUCUGCCGCCUGCUGAGGGGGGCGCUGAGAGGGACACAGUCCACCUGCUAA